UAGAACCUUCCUUAUUAUCAGUUAUGUUGUGUUAUGUUAUACGUAUGACCUUCCUUGCUGGGAUUGUCGACUAUUUCUAAAUGAGACAAUAGUUUUAAGUUUAAAGCAAAUAACUGUAAACUGUCAUCAAUUACCAAGUAACAAUGAAAUUCAUUUUUAAGAACGUACCAAUGUCUUCGGCCAGGCAUGGAGUGCUUUCCUCCUUUUCGAAAUUCCCGGAAAAAAUAUUCGAAACGCCUCUUCUCUUAGUCAGCACAAAGGGUGGCAGCGUUCCUCACAUCACACAUGAAGUUCUCCAGCUUAUUACAAAGGACAGUCACAUAAUGCAGUUCCCGUUACCGUCAACAAUGCUCAGCCAUGAAACCGUCAAAGAAUAUGCCAAAGGAUUAGCUCAUUUUUGCGGACUGAAGGAUUACCUAACUUAUUGUACAGUACAAGACCCGAGUUGUUUAACACCGGUCGGUUACAACAAGACAACUGUAGUAUCUGUUUGGACAAAUAUAGGCAGGGUAUCUGUCAAUGCUGAAAAAUACAUGAAAACUAUGGAAGCAUUUCAACCCGAUAUGUACCAGAUAUUAGCGAACACUGACACAAAUCUUGAUUCGACUAGGAAAAAAGCGUUGAAAACCCUGCGAUCAUGUCAAAUCAUUUUUGACGAAUGCAUCAAAAGGCAUCAAGAAUCUGAAAAACUAAAAAACUCUGGAGUUAUUGGUGUUAUCAGUGGUGGAAUUGAUCUCGAUGUCAGGAAAGAUCAUGUUAAGUACAUGCUUGAAAAGCCCGUCAGUGGUUUCUCGAUUGAGGGUCUUCACAACAAUGGAGCAGACGUUGAAAAAAUGGACUACGAAAAGUGUAACAUGGUCUUAGAAGAGAUUUUGAAUAUAUUACCAGAAGAUAAACUUAGAAUAGUUCCUGGCUGUUGGAAGCCCCAGCAAGUAUUAAAGAUGGUGGAAUUGGGUGUCGAUAUGUUCGAUUCGUCAUUUCCAUUUAUUGUUACUGAGAGAAUGUGUGCUCUGACAUUUUCUUGGAAAUCCAUUCCUUUAGAUGUAAGUGAAGUUCCUAGCCAAAAUGUAGAAGAAGAAAUCAACUUAAGAGACAUUAGAUAUAAGGAAGAUUUUGGCCCAUUAAAAAAAGACUGUACUUGCCUACCAUGCAGAAAGCAUACACGAGCUUAUGUUUAUCAUUUAAUUGAGAGCAAAGAACUCUUAGCAUCCACAUUGCUAAUGAUUCUCUCACGGCCACUAAUGCAUCAUCAUGUCUGGGGUCUGAAAGCAUAUUGAGAAUUGGAUAUCAUGGAUACUCAAGUUAAACAUUACCCAUUCCUACAACCCAGCAAGGGAAUUGAAGCGGAAAUGGCCCCGGGACCUCCUUAUGAGUAGUUCAUAAAUAA